AUGCAGAAUACUUCGAUUUCUUUUACUUCUAGUGAGUCUCUAUUUCGUGCUUUAAUAUCGACUGAUUUUAGACAUUUCAGUGAUUCAAACAAUUAUUUUAAUGAAGGUAAUAAAUUAAGUCGAGAAGAUUAUCGCCGUCAGAAAGAUCUCGAAGCGGCAAGAAAAGCUGGUACAGCUCCCGCUGAACAAGAUGAGGAGGGAAAAGACAUCAAUCCUCACAUUCCACAAUACAUAGCCAAAGCACCAUGGUAUCUUGACACCGGAAGACCUACUUUAAAACAUCAAAGGAUUAAUGAACCAUCAUCUAAAGUAUUGGAUGAAAAGUGGUACGCGCGUGGCCUUCGAGCGGGCCCUGCUGCGACUAAAUUUCGCAAAGGAGCAUGUGAAAAUUGUGGUGCAAUGACACAUAAAACAAAAGAUUGCAUGGACCGUCCUAGGAAAUCGGGCGCUAAAUGGACCGGACAAGAUAUCAAGCCCGAUGAAAUUAUUCAAGAAAUUGACUUAGAUUAUGAUUCUAAAAGAGACCGAUGGAAUGGUUAUGAUCCUUCUGAACAUGCCAAAAUUUAUGAAGAAUAUGAAAAAAUUGAGGAGGCUCGUCGCAAGUUGAAAGCAAAUGAGCUUGAUAAGCAGAGUACUACUGAACUAGUAAAGAAGACUGGCGAACGUACUGCUGGUGAAUUUUCUAGCGAUGAAGAAGAGGAUGAUGAUGACAAAUACGCGGAAACGUCAGACAUGCCUGGGCAAAAAGUCAACACAAAGACAAGAACUACAAUUAGAAAUUUGAGAAUUCGCGAGGAUACUGCUAAGUAUUUGAGAAAUCUGGACAUAAACUCUGCAUAUUAUGACCCUAAAACUCGAUCGAUGCGUGAUAAUCCUAACAAAGAAACUAAUCCUGAAGAUGCUUCAUAUGCAGGUGACAAUUUUGUGCGAUAUACCGGCGACGCACCGAAAAUGGCAAACCUACAACUUUUUGCUUGGCAAGCAUAUGAGAAGGGCACAGACGUUCAUCUGCAAGCAAAUCCUACCCAGGGAGAAUUACUACACCAUGAAUACCUCCAAAAAAAGAACAAACUAAAGGAAGUAAACAAAGAUUCGAUAUUAGAGAAAUACGGUGGCGAAGAACAUUUAAAUGUUCCACCUAAAGAAUUGUUAUUAGCUCAAACAGAAAGUUAUGUAGAAUAUUCAAGGGCAGGAAAAUUGAUCAAAGGUCAAGAAAGAGCAAAAGCAAAGUCAAAAUAUGAAGAAGAUGUAUUGGUCAAUAAUCACACUGAAGUCUGGGGUUCAUAUUGGGCCGAUGGAAAUUGGGGUUAUAAGUGUUGUCGUUCCUUCAUUAAAAAUUCAUAUUGUACUGGUCUUGCAGGAAUUGAGGCUGCAAAUUCUUCCAACUUGUUGACAUCAUCUACAAACGUCGAUGGUUCAAACAUCAAAGAUAACAGUGAGAUUUCAAGUAAAUCUCUUGUAGAAAUACACGCAGAAAAACUUAAAAAAUCCAAAUCUAGGAAUACGGAUGAGGACGUAAAUAUGCAUAUAAAACGCAAGAACCUUGGUGAAGGUGAUAUCGAAUUGGACAAGAAGAAAUUAAAGAAAGCAUUAGAAAAUGAAGAUAGACGAUAUAAACUAAAUAAUCCAGAAUUAGACGACAGAAAACGUCCUUACAAUAGUGCUUUUAUGAGCAAGAACAAAGUUGAUUCUGAGGUAACGGAAGAGGAGCUAGAAGCUUAUAGACUGAAAAAACAAUC